CCACCCUCUUUUCUCACACUCACAAGGAGCCUCCUCCCUCUCCCUCUCCCUCUCAGCCUCUCAAAUUUUAUUUUCCAAUUUAAUUUUAACUGCCGCUCCCGUUUACAUGAUUCUGCUUUGUUGACAUGGCGUCGGGAAGCAGAGAAAUGAUGGAUCGGGUCAAGGGUCCGUGGAGCCCGGAAGAGGACGAGGCGCUCAAGAGGCUGGUCCAGGCCCACGGGCCGAGGAACUGGUCGCUGAUAAGCAAGUCCAUUCCGGGGCGAUCCGGGAAAUCGUGCCGGCUGCGGUGGUGCAACCAGCUCUCUCCGCAGGUGGAGCACCGUCCGUUCUCGGCGGAGGAGGACGAGGCCAUCGUCAGGGCCCACUCCACGUUCGGAAACAAGUGGGCUACCAUAGCCCGCUUGCUCAACGGCCGCACCGAUAACGCCGUCAAAAACCACUGGAAUUCCACCCUCAAGAGAAAAUGCUCCGCCGUCAGUCCCGACGACCCUCGGCCUCUCAAAAGAUCCGCCAGCGUCGGCGCGGCCCACUUAAACCCUGGAAGCCCAUCAGGGUCUGAUUUGAGCGAUCCGGGCCUGCCCGCUAUGUCCAACCCCACGGCCCAUUGCAGGCCCAACCUCAUGGAAACUGCCUCUUCUGCCUCCGAUCCAGCCACGUCGCUCAGUUUGUCUCUUCCCGGGUUCGGGUCCAGGCCUAUAGCGUUAGCACCAUCGCCGUCACUGGUGCUGCCGGUGCCAGUGCCAGUGCCGGUGCCUCCUGCGGCGGCCACGGUGGAGGAGCGGGGAAAGCAAUUGUUCAACUCUGAGUUUUGGAGCGUGAUGCAAGAGAUAGUAAGGAAGGAAGUGAGAAGUUACUUCUCGGGAAUUGAACAGAAUGGACUCCGAAUGCACACCGAAGCCAUUGGAAACGCGGUGGUGAAGCGCAUGGGAAUUAGCAACAUCGAGUGAAGGCAUAAGGAUAAAAACUGUGUCGUUUCGAGAUUCGAAUCAGCCAACUGGACAUGACAUGAAUGAAUCAAAGGGAGUAGAGAAAGUGAAAAAAAGAAACAGUGUUUUUUUUUAAUUUACUUUUUUUAGUUUAAUUUUAAUUUUAAUUUCCCUUUUCUUAAGGGUAAAAAAAAAAUAGUAAUAAUUUUGGCACUGUACAGAACCCCAGAAUAUUUUAUUUUGCGGUGGGAACAGAACUUGUUGGACAAGUGAUCGAGUGAUGCCAACUAAAUUAGGGCAUGUGAAAAACACGAACAACAUCUAAUCAUCAAAAAAAAAUAUCUCUGGGUUUAAGGUGUGUCUUGGGGAUUUAUCAACCUUACCAAACCAUAUUAUGGGUUAGUCACAACUUUAUUUUCUGUAA